AUGACCAUCUCCCUUAUGGACAACACGCUGCUCAAACACGGAGGAGAGGGAGAGGGAGAUCAUGAAGACUUCGUAGCUGGCGCAGCGAUGUUUGUGACGCCCGAGUCUUCUCUGAUCCUGAACGGCAACAACGGCAACAACCAGGACACUGUUGCUACGCAGCUGGCGAUAUGAAUCGCAAGUGCAUUCGUCUGGGUGUCGUGGAAGAAUGAAAAAGUCCAAAUCUGUGUCUGAUGCAGCAGCCCCCCCGUUCGUCACACAAGAAUUCUGCAUGAAGACCAGUACAGCCCGCGUAGUUUCUCUCGCACAGAGGCGGGAUUUUCGCAUGCUGAAUAGGCGCCACUGCAAGGUCCGGGCACUAUGACCUAUGAUGAUGUUAGGCCAAACAUUCUAGCCCUGCUCGCGGGGCGUAAAUGAAGAUUUGCAUCAUGACGUAUGACAAACGGGUACAUUGCUCCACAUCCAGAGAUGUUUGCAGGGAAUAGGUGAAACCAUCAGGCGAUAGUACUAGCAACACCGUUGGGUUGUCCGAUGUGAAGCUCAUCGCGGAGAAAAAAGGAACAGAGACCACGGAUACGACGAGCAGAUCAUCACCAGCGACGAUAAUACUCGCGGACCAAAAGAAGGUCGAGUGCUGGAACGACGAACACUAUGCAAGUGGAAGUAAAAAAUGGACGCAAGUCAAAACUCGGAUUGCAGACCUCUGUACGUGACAGCAGUAGUCAUUGCAAAACCUCGACUGCAAGCACAGAUUGAUUUAGCUGAGGCGCUUGCAUUCCGAAUUUUGUGUUCAAGAGAAUGGCAGCACUUUUUGAUGUCGCAUGUGAAGUCCCGGACGCAGAUCCACCCGACCUGCACUUUUUGACUUUUGUUCUGGAUUUUUGUGUUAUAGGUUCUUCAAAAAAGUACGAACGCGACUGGGACUGGAAGAAAGUUUUCUGGAAUAUUCCCUUGAAAUUAUACCAUCCCCAUCCAAUUUGCCAGGCAGAACGACAGAGAGGAAAGUCGACUUUUAGCAUGCAAAAAAUGAAUGGGGAUGGUUGAUUUUCCGGGAAUAUGGAGAAUGAAUUCGAAUUCACUCCGCAAUGCUUCAAGCCCGGAGGCGGAAAGGGUGGCGAAUUGAUGGCGUUUACGCGGAACAGAAGGUAUACAUGAAAUGAGCGGACUUUCUGAUUGCUACAGAAACGUGAAUAAACACGAGCGACGAAGAUGAUACCCAAACUCAACACGUUCAGCUACGUGCGUGCUUGCAUUUCACACGAGCUAUCGUCAUCAGGCACAAAAACUGACACAGGUUUCUUGUGAAGCAGCUUUCGAAGGGAGAUCACGCCGCAUUGCUGGAGGUCGCCGCCGACUACGUCAGUCACGUUCUCUCCGGGGAUACCUAUCGACUGGAAAAGUUACUGAGCAUCUGGCGCGUACGUUGAAAGAACAAAGAGUAUUGGUUUCGUAGUAUUGGUUUCGUCGGUGCCGCAGAAAAGCUUGGGCUUUUGCAGUUUCAGGGCUGUAACGGGCAGGAUUGAUUCAUUUCUGUUGACUGCUGUGCAUAAGUACGUAUUAAUUUGUCUGACUCGGCUUGUAUGAUGAGUUUGGUCGGUGCUUUUCCUCCGCACAAGGCACUGCUGGCGCUCAUUCCGCUACACUUCACCUACGAGGAUGCUCACUACUCGGUGAUGCUCAACUGCUUGGCAAAGGAGGGAUUUGGAAUAGAGAAGAGCGGCUACGACUACAUGUACGAUUUGAAGGGUUGCGCCGACGACAAAAUGAUGACCGACCACGGAAAGAAGGUGGAAGCGGUAUCAUGUUGGAAAGUGCCGCGCUCCCAGAAGUGCAAAAUAGUUGAUUCCGAUGCAAAGUUUCCACCAAAAGUGAGCAAUCUGUCUUGUUGCAUGGAAUAAUUAGGCGUCUUUCUAAUGCAGAAGCUAAGCGCGCAGAGCAACUGCUACUCUUACAUGACAAGGCGGGUGUCUCUUAUAUGACUACAGUUCAUCCUAGGUCUUUUCGCAACACAAAUCUUUGCUGUGUAUUCUUCAUCGAAGACUUCUUGCGCUGCUGGCAUAUCCAAGGGCAGGAGUGUUUCGCAGGCAAAUGCUUUCAAGUUCUGGCGUAGGCGGGGCGCUUUUCAAUAUGAUACGUGGUUCACAAGCGCGUGUGGCACUGCUGGAUGUGGUGUGGCAGCUGCUUCUGGUCCGACGCGCGGCGCAUCUACUACACGAAAAAACGGGCUUAUGGAAAGGAAAAAGUGUUCCACUUAUGCAUUGUGGUGCAGGCCCAGCAAGACAGACACGCUCUGUUAUGCGGGAUAUGCUCAGGAGCCUAGUUUCAUACGUGUUUUGCCUCAUGAUCUCUGCAUUGCGAAGAGUUUUCUCUGUUAUGCAGUGCAAGUCUGUGUUGCUGUACUUCUACUUACAGCAAAUGUGUAAAAACUGUAACAUUUGUUCCUCGGGAUAGGGCAGCCUACACAUGGGCCUUGGAGAUCCCCGCGGAGAUGCGCAAGCUCGUCGUCGGCGCGAUAAAGCGGGACUGUGAGAACUUCCUGAUUCCGCAAGGACUGAUGGACUACUCGCUCGUGGUCGGUUCCAAGAUUCUGACCAAGGCGGAAAGGCAGCAGAGCCUGGCAGCGGAGGACGAGAAUGGCAUCGCCACAGAGCAGAAAAUCACCAUUCCAGCAGAAACAAGCACCGAAGAACUUCUAUGGUAGCGGAGAGCUUCAAGUUCGCUCGCUGAUGUAGCUGCAACAAUCUUCCACCUGUGCAAACGUGUAUGUUUGUCUCAUUCUACUAGCGAUGCAGCUUAAGAUAGAAGAACGCUGAGAGUUGUAGCCUGCUGAAGUUGCAUACUGAUUUGCAUGCCCACGACCAUGCCGCUGCAGCGCCCGCUGCUCUGUUCCAGCUGCACAUCUCUCAUUUCGGCACGUUUUUUGUUUUGAGUCAGAAGUUAUGACUGAACAGUGCGUCAUCUUGCACGGCUCUUAAAUUGAUCUGUCGGGACGAAUGAAGUUUUUUUUCCGUUUCAUAAUUAGUUUCAAAAUGCCUAGAAAAACCGCCCACGAAGGUAAGACGUGUUUGGUACUAGAUCGUUCUCUUUUCAAGUAGGAUAAUUCGUCAUGCUCAUACCUCUAGAAAAGCUAAAGCGAAAUGCGUUUUUAAUCAUCUACAUAGACGAAAUCGAAAUGCUAAUGCAAAAAUUCUCAGCCCGAGAACUUUCGCGCCCCGCUCGUGUUUCCCAACGCAGAAAAUCCGGACGAGUGCAUCUUUCUUGCGGUGUAUGCAGAUGUUGAGAACAAGAAACGGUCAUCUUCGAGUGAAAAGGCAUGAUUCCAUUUAAUGCAUUUCCCAGAACCAAAAGGUUAUUUGCACGAGUACGCACAAGCAAGCAUGAUAACGAGUCGUACCUGGUCUCUCAUCUCUCUCUGAAGUUGGCGACCAGUAGCAUAUCUUCUCGACGACGCGUAAGCACCAAAGUUUAACCUAAAAACCUUUUCUGCUGCUCAAGAUGAAAUUGCUUUUUUUCAUUCCAUACGACGGGCAUCAUCGACUUCCUGCAGCGGUGGACGCCCAUCAAGAAAGUUGCCAUGUGCGUCAAGGCGCUGGAGCGGGACAAAGCGACCAUUCCGUUACCUCACAUGACAACUCGUUCCUUUUUGACGUGUCCUGAUUUGUAUUCGUACGGUGCAUUUGAACUGAUUUUUCAUUUCCUUGUCAUGCACUCGCAUGAGAAUGUGAAGGCAUAUGCAAUCUGUAUCUUCCUUGGGGCGGUGGUGCUCCGCCUGGGCCGUCUAAGUAUGAGAAAAUCUCUUUAUCUCAAGGGAAAAAUCAGGAUAACACUUCUUGGAUGUCGUUGCCUAUUGAUGUCCACCCGCGGAUUACGGAAAGCGGUUUGUCGAGCGGUUCAGCAAAAAAUUCAUUCCGGUUUGAGGGCGGAGCACUGAGUUUUCGUGCCUAGUAAAUGCAACACAAAUAAAAUCAAAAAAGCACACGUUUUUUCGCCAUAAAUCCAUUUUUCGCAACUUUUCACGAUACUACCUGUUCACUUCGGAUGGGAAUUAGAACUGCAAGAAACCGAGGCAAAGAUUGACCUCCGCAGAAAACAGACCAUUUUGGUUAUUAUCAAGUACACGACCAUUUUUUUGCCAAAUUAUCUUAACGCAAGACGAAUUUCUGAAACAGUGCAGAAACGCACCAGCUGUAGGAGUAGGCCGUGUUUGUAGAUGCAGUGUAGUGCGGCCUUUCUGCAGCUCACAGCCUGCUGACAAAGCGACUGGCAUGAGCGCAUAGUAUAAGCCCAUGGAACAAAUGGGACGAUAAAUAGUUUUACAUGGAAAAUAAAUGCACAUCACGCGGUGCUGCAUCAGAAAUAAGCGCAGAGACGAAAGGGGACGGCCAAGUGGGAGGGUGAUCUCAUCUCCGCUGCCCGAUGGAUUUUUCAGAUACGAUCAAGAAGAAGGGACUUCCUGUAU